GCGAUCCACACAACUACGCAGGGCUUCCUGCAUGCUCUCUACACGCUUGCUAGCCAUCUGGAGCUGGUGGAGCCUCUGCGGGAGGAGAUAGAGGCCCUGGUCCAAGUUGACGGUUGGACUAAACCUGCUCUCGCGAAGAUGGUGAAGCUGGACAGCUUCUUGAAGGAGUGCGCGCGUGUUCGUCCUGGUUCUGUUGUGUCUCUCUUUCGUCAGGCCGUCAAGGACUUUGUGUUCUCAGAUGGAACAUUCGUGCCUUCCGGGACUCUUGUCGGUGUUCCUGUCAUGCAUGAGCACUUCAAAGCAGCCCACUAUCCCGAAGCUGGAAACUUCGACGCAUUCAAGUUCUCUCGGCGCAGGGGCGAGGCCGGAGAGCAUUUCAAACAUCAGAUGGUCACCCCGCAAGCCGACUUUUUGACCUUUGGCCUGGGUCCACAUGCAUGUCCUGGGCGGUUCUUUGCUG